UGAUAGGCAGCUUAUUCUAUGGACUUGGGUGACUGAAAUGGCAGCAAUAGCGAGUGUUCCUUCCACUAUAAUUUCUCCCCAUUCAACUCCCUCCUUUUUUAUUUCUCUAUCUUCUUUUCCAUUAUCCGAUGGCAACCACCGCGCCAGGAGGACUCCGAUUAGGAGGCAAUUGCCUUGCUUACGUCUUGGAACACCGGCGUUCAAUGGCUGCGGCCGAGUGCUGGCGUGUCUUCCAUCUCCGUCAUCUUCUGCUUCCCUUCCCCAAUCCCCCAAAACCAGACUCUACAUCAGUGGGCUAUCUUUUCGCACCACCGAAGAGAGUUUACGAAAUGCUUUUAAAAAUUAUGGCCAACUGGUUGAAGUCAAUCUGGUGAUGGAUAAAAUAGCAAACAGACCCAGAGGGUUUGCUUUCCUCCGUUAUGCAACUGAGGAGGAAUCUCAGAAAGCUAUUGAGGGAAUGCAUGGCAAGCUUAAAGUAUGUAAAAGUGGGUUGGAAAGUUGCUAGGCUUAAAUGCUGCGCGUUGUGCUUUACCUGAUAGAAGAUACCCAGUUUUUGGAUGGCAGGGUGAUAUUCGUGGAAUUUGCAAAAUCUAGAGCAGAGCUUCGACAAGGCCUUAAGCAUAGGCAAUUUUGAAGAGGUAAUAUUUGUGUAAUUUGCAAAAUGUAGAACAAUUUUUUGAAGAGCUAGUUCUGGCCCUCCAUCAUAGGCUUUUAGUCUUUUCAGUACGCAAUACCUAAAACUCUACAUUGUCAAUUUUCCUUUUCUAGUGAGUUGAAAAUAUGAAUAUACAUGUUACAUUGAUUUUAUCUUGUAUUCCCUUCAGAAUGAGCUUUCUCUUU